GAAGUAAUACCUUUACCUAUGCAUUGUGGGUAAGAUCGGUGGCCAGUGACUUGUUUUGGUUAUUUCGGCUUGACACAAAUCUUUGAUGGCUGUUGUACCUCUUUUUAUUUAUCGGUCCAUUUAUCUCUCUCCCAUUUAUUAUCGCUAUAUCUCCUUUACUUGAGUUUCUCUUCGCCCCCCUUAUUUUUAAACCUUCCUGGUUUAUUCGGGUUUGAAGACGGACACAAUCUUUUUUUUCCCCCGACCGUUUAUUUUCUAUUUCUCAGCCGUCUCAUACCAAGCAAAAAAAAAAACAGAAAAAAAAGAAGUAGGGGAUCAAAAGAAAAAAGAAAAGAUAUAUAUAUAUAUAUAUUAUAUACAUAUAUAUUUUUUUGCAUUAUACACACGAAAGAGCAAAACAGAAAAAAACCCCGACUUUUACAAGAAAUUCUAACACUUUUUCGUAAUGAUGAUCAAUAAUUGAUCUCAAGAUAUAGCAGCACUACUCUAUUGGACUGUAACUGUUCUCUGUUUUUUUUUUCUGCAAAUCUUUACUGUGACUACUGAUCUAAAGAACUCCAGGUUAAUAUCCAACUCCCUGAUUUUCUGCAGUCAUUACCCAGUAUCAACCUGCUUCAAAACCCUCUGAGAUAAAACAUAUCCAUUACAGUUGUCCCCUACCUGUGAACAAAGAUCAUUCUGUCAUUUCCUUAUACAGCAUUCCAUAAUGGCUGCUAAUACCUGCUAUUGUUGUUCAGAUAAAGGGAAGACGUCCGAAGAAAUGGACUUGGAUGAGGCUCUCAAUGAACUCGGAAUGCUGAGUACUGUCACAGAAAGCCGAAAGCAAUACUUGCGAGAAAAACAGACGACCUCUCGUGUUGCAAGGCUUUACAAGAAUAUGGAUAAUAGGCAACAGGGCAAAAAGAAAAUUGGAGUAAUUCAUUUUAAUCCUGAAUACAUUGCAAAAGUUACAAUAGGAUCUAAUCAGCCAUCUUCCAAUAUCUGGAUUCAAGACACAUUUGAAGAGAAUAACUUGGACUUUUUUAAGAAUUACCAAAAAAGAACUGAAAGCAUAGAAGCAGACAUGCGUUCAAGGCGAUUAGAGAGGUAUCGUCUUGGUAGGAUUCGUCGAUUCCGGAGACCUUAUGAAGUACCUUGGCGCCUAAUGGAGCCAUUACCUAGCAACGUUUCUCAAGAAAAUGAUAGUUUAGAACCUCAAUCAAAAUCUAACUCAUCGUCUCCUAUUAAAUAUACGUCGUCGUCAUCGUCAUCGUCGUCGUGUUCUCUUACAAGAUCCCGUUCCUUUGAUAAUUUGAACUUUGCAAUGCUAAAAAUAGCUUCUGACAUUCUUGAAGAGACGAAUUUUUCUUUAUGUAAGCAGGAAAUAGAGACUGUUUCUGCUAAUAUGAGAAACCUUCAGGUGACUGAAUAGUUGUUUGUUACAGUAAAUCUAUGAACGUA